AUUCUGUUGUAAGGGAGCAUCGCUGAAGGUUGAGCCUCAGCUCUCCCCAACACUCCUGAGAUCCCACCACUGAGGCUGUGAAUGAAAUCAUAGUCUUUACAUGACUGCCAGGGAUUCAGGGGACUCCUAGGAGGGAAAGUUGAAUUCAACAAGGACACCACAGAUUGCUGAGAGCAACAGUUUCUUAUCAACUCACAGCAUGGAAACAAAAGUCCACACCAAGAUAACCAGGAAUGAAAACAUCUUGAACUGUUUGUACCAAAAGCCUAAUGCAGUUUUUAAGCUGAUUUGUUUUCCCUGGGCCGGAAGUGGCUCCGUUUAUUUUGCCAAGUGGGGCCAAUCGUUUAAUGGAUUACUGGAAGUGCAUUCUGUAAGGCUGGCUGGAAGAGAAACUCGAUCCCAAGAACUGUUCGCAAGUGACAUCUACCAGAUAGUUGAUGAAAUUGUGCCUGCUCUGCUUCCCGUUGUCCAGAAUAAAAUGUUUGCAUUUUUUGGACACAGUUUGGGAUCCUACAUUGCUUUGAUGACCGCACUGACCCUAAAGGAGAAAUACAAACUGGAGCCGCUGCAUUUCUUUGUGUCCAGUGCAUAUGCCCCCCACUCAAAAUCCCGGCCUCAAAUUCCUGAACUGAACACACUGUCAGAAGAACAAGCCAGGCACUACCUUCUGAGUUUCGGAGGCACCCCCAAGCAUCUCAUUGAUGACCAGGACUUUCUGAAUCAGUGCCUUCCCAUUAUGAAGGCAGAUAUUACCAUUUUGAAAAACUUUGUCUUUGACAUGCCCUCGGAAGCUCUUCUUUCUCAGGACAUAACAUGCUUUGUCGGGUCUGAAGAUAUAGUAAAGGACACAAAAGGUUGGGAAGACAUAACCAGCGGGAAGGUUGACAGCCACAAGCUGCCAGGUGACCACUUUUAUCUGUUGGAACCUAACAAUGAGAACUUCAUCAAGAAUUAUAUAACCAAGUGUUUGGAAGUAUCGUUACUUGCUUGCUUUUAGAUGGGCCUUCAAAUAUGCAAACCAGUCACAAGCUGUCCCUCUAGCUCCUGGAGAUGGAGCAUUUAGUUUCCAGAGAUUGGAAGGCGCACAUUGAUGGAUUUCUUCAUGGAGCAUCUCUCUAUCUGGGGAAAAGGCAAAUGCUAAGGGUCAGGGAGGCGAGGAGCUGCUGUGGAUGAGGGCUGCGGGCUGCAGCAGGAAGGGGCUGCUUUUCUUUGGG